AUUUUUCCAUUGGGAUCGUCAAUGCCAUGACUCUUCUACUACCUCAAACUCCAGAGUUUCUGGUGAUGUGCAAGAGUUAGCAAUAUACAUUCAGUAAAGCGUGUAAUCGAGUAAGUGUAGUAACUUGGGCGUAACCCUGAUCUCCUUCCGGUAUGAAAACACCUAUUCCGGGUAGUCUGGCUCUCCACGUUAAGCAAACACCACUUUCCGUGUUCACCGACAGCUAGAGCCAGAGGUCUCCCGGUUGCUGCUUCUGAGGCUGGGUCUGCAGCAGCUGAGGCUCCCGCCCCUCUUGCCGAAUGGCCUAAGUCUCUGUCCCGAGACUUCCGAGAGUUCUAAUCGUCAAAUUCCCCAUUUUAUUUUGAGAUUUUCCCUGCUGCCCACUAUCUCGGACAACAGGGCAGCCUCAAAAACACAGUUUCUAGCUUCCAACUCGGCUCAAAGUUCAGACAGCAGCUGGGCUUCCGAGAGCCGCCGGUGUUCCAAGAAAAGCUGCCCGGGACUGGGAGGCGCCCUCUGGACGCCGGAACCUUUGGUUUCCUGCCGUGGAGCGGAACGGUAGCGCCAGGGGCCUUCCGGAAAGAGGAGCGAGAGCCCGGCGAUGGCGGCUGCGCCGGCCUUGAAGCACUGGCGCACCACGCUGGAGCGGGUGGAGAAGUUCGUGUCGCCGCUCUACUUUACCGACUGUAACCUCCGCGGCAGGCUUUUUGGGGCCAGCUGCCCUGUGGCUGUGCUCUCCAGCUUCCUGACGCCGGAGAGACUUCCCUACCAGGAGGCAGUCCAGCGGGACUUCCGCCCCGCGCAGGUCGGCGACAGCUUCGGACCCACAUGGUGGACCUGCUGGUUCCGGGUGGAGCUGACCAUCCCAGAGGCAUGGGUGGGCCAGGAAGUUCACCUUUGCUGGGAAAGUGAUGGAGAAGGUCUGGUGUGGCGUGAUGGAGAACCUGUCCAGGGUUUAACCAAAGAGGGUGAGAAGACCAGCUAUGUCCUGACUGACAGGCUGGGGGAAAGAGACCCCCGAAGGUUCAAGCGAUUCUCAUGCCUCAGCUUCCCGAGUAGCAGGGAUUACAGCCUCACUCUCUAUGUGGAAGUAGCCUGCAAUGGGCUCCUAGGGGCCGGGAAGGGAAGCAUGAUUGCAGCCCCUGACCCUGAGAAGAUGUUCCAGCUGAGCCGGGCUGAGCUAGCCGUGUUCCACCGGGAUGUCCACAUGCUCCUGGUGGAUCUGGAGCUGCUGCUGGGCAUAGCCAAGGGCCUCGGGAAGGACAACCAGCGCAGCUUCCAGGCCCUGUACACAGCCAAUCAGAUGGUGAACGUGUGUGACCCUGCCCAGCCUGAGACCUUCCCAGUGGCCCAGGCCCUGGCCUCCAGGUUCUUUGGCCAACAUGGAGGUGAAAGCCAACACACAAUUCAUGCCACAGGGCACUGCCACAUUGAUACAGCCUGGCUUUGGCCCUUCAAAGAGACUGUGAGGAAAUGUGCCCGAAGCUGGGUGACGGCCCUGCAGCUCAUGGAGCGGAACCCUGAGUUCAUCUUUGCCUGCUCCCAGGCUCAGCAGCUGGAGUGGGUGAAGAGCCGCUAUCCUGGCCUGUACUCCCGCCUCCAGGAGUUUGCGUGCCGUGGGCAGUUUGUGCCUGUGGGGGGCACCUGGGUGGAGAUGGGAUCUGGUUGGCCUGAGCGCCUGCCUGCUCCCCGUCCGGCGCUGACCUGCGUUGCCUCCCACUUCCUUCACUGCCAGGAUGGGAACCUGCCCAGUGGAGAGGCCAUGGUGAGGCAGUUUCUGCAGGGCCAGAACUUCUUUCUGCAGGAGUUUGGGAAGAUGUGCUCCGAGUUCUGGCUGCCAGACACCUUUGGCUACUCAGCACAGCUCCCCCAGAUCAUGCACGGCUGUGGCAUCAGGCGCUUUCUCAGCCAGAAAUUGAGCUGGAAUUUGGUGAACUCCUUCCCACACCAUACAUUUUUCUGGGAGGGGCUGGAUGGCUCCCGUGUACUGGUCCACUUCCCACCUGGCGACUCCUAUGGGAUGCAGGGCAGCGUGGAGGAGGUGCUGAAGACCGUGGCCAACAACCGGGACAAGGGGCGGGCCAACCACAGUGCCUUCCUCUUUGGCUUUGGGGAUGGGGGUGGUGGCCCCACCCAGACCAUGCUGGACCGCCUGAAGCGCCUGAGCAAUACAGAUGGGCUGCCCAGGGUGCAGCUAUCUUCUCCAAGACAGCUCUUCUCAGCACUGGAGAGUGACUCAGAGCAGCUGUGCACGUGGGUUGGGGAGCUCUUCUUGGAGCUGCACAAUGGCACAUACACCACCCAUGCCCAGAUCAAGAAGGGGAACCGGGAAUGUGAGCGGAUCCUGCACGACGUGGAGCUGCUCAGUAGCCUGGCCCUGGCCCGCAGUGCCCAGUUCCUAUACCCAGCAGCCCAGCUGCAGCACCUCUGGAGGCUCCUGCUUCUGAACCAGUUCCAUGAUGUGGUGACUGGAAGCUGCAUCCAGAUGGUGGCAGAGGAAGCCAUGUGCCACUAUGAAGACAUCCGUUCCCAUGGCAAUACACUGCUCAGCGCCGCAGCCGCAGCCCUGUGUGCUGGGGAGCCAGGUCCUGAGGGCCUCCUCAUCGUCAACACGCUGCCCUGGAAGCGGACCGAAGUGAUGGCCCUGCCCAAACCAGGCGGGGCCCACAGCCUAGCCCUGGUGACAGUGCCCAGCAUGGGCUAUGCUCCUGUUCCUCCCCCGACCUCGCUGCAGCCCCUGCUGCCCCAGCAGCCUGUGUUCGUAGUGCAAGAGACUGACGGCUCCGUGACUCUGGACAAUGGCAUCAUCCGAGUGAAGCUGGACCCAACUGGCCGCCUGACGUCCUUGGUCCUGGUGGCCUCUGGCAGGGAGGCCAUUGCCGAGGGUGCCGUGGGGAACCAGUUUGUGCUAUUUGAUGAUGUCCCCUUGUACUGGGAUGCAUGGGACGUCAUGGACUACCACCUGGAGACACGGAAGCCUGUGCUGGGCCAGGCAGGGACCCUGGCAGUGGGCACCGAGGGCGGCCUGCGGGGCAGCGCCUGGUUCUUGCUACAGAUCAGCCCCAACAGUCGGCUUAGCCAGGAGGUUGUGCUGGACGUUGGCUGCCCCUAUGUCCGCUUCCACACCGAGGUACACUGGCAUGAGGCCCACAAGUUCCUGAAGGUGGAGUUUCCUGCUCGCGUGCGGAGUUCCCAGGCCACCUACGAGAUCCAGUUUGGGCACCUGCAGCGACCUACCCACUACAAUACCUCUUGGGACUGGGCUCGAUUUGAGGUGUGGGCCCAUCGCUGGAUGGAUCUGUCAGAACACGGCUUCGGGCUGGCCCUGCUCAACGACUGCAAGUAUGGCGCGUCAGUGCGAGGCAGCAUCCUCAGCCUCUCGCUCUUGCGGGCGCCUAAAGCCCCGGACGCUACUGCUGACACGGGGCGCCACGAGUUCACCUACGCGCUGAUGCCGCACAAGGGAACAAGGGAGGGUAGCCCCCAUUCUCCACCAGCAUUGUUUCCUGGUCGUACCCCAGGCUCUUUCCAGGAUGCUGGCGUUAUCCAAGCUGCCUACAGCCUAAACUUCCCCCUGUUGGCUCUGCCAGCCCCCAGCCCAGCGCCCGCCACCUCCUGGAGUGCCUUUUCCGUGUCUUCACCCGCGGUCUUAUUGGAGACCGUCAAGCAGGCGGAGAGCAGCCCCCAGCGCCGCUCGCUGGUCCUGAGGCUGUAUGAGGCCCACGGCAGCCACGUGGACUGCUGGCUGCACUUGUCGCUGCCGGUUCAGGAGGCCAUCCUCUGCGAUCUCUUGGAGCGACCAGACCCUGCUGGCCACUUGACCCUUCAGGACAGCCGCCUGAAGCUCACCUUUUCUCCCUUCCAAGUGCUGUCCCUGUUGCUCGUGCUUCAGCCUCCACCACACUGAGUCCCUGGGGCUGGUGUUUUGUUUGUGGAAGGUUCUGGGGACUCCUAAUUUCUGCUUCCUCAGCCUAAAGCAGGGAUCAGUCUCUUCUUGUGGAAUAAAUCCUUGGAUCAGGAA